UCUAGAACUCUCACACUUGAUCACCCAGUGAUCACCCAUCUAAUUAAUGAUUUAAAGCUGCGUUUGUUAACUGCUUUUCCUCUCAAUCUCGACGGCAAUGGGGAGCGGAGGGAAGCUGGAGGGAAAGGUGGUGAUGGUCACCGGCGCCUCCUCCGGCAUUGGCCGCGAACUCUGUCUCAGCCUUGCUAGAGCCGGCUGUCGCGUCAUCGCGGCCGCGCGGCGGGCCGACCACCUCAAGACCCUCUGCGAGGAGAUCGCUGCGUUCCGACCGGGCAACCCGACUGCCGCCGUGGCAGUAGCGCUGGACGUUGGCGCCGAGGAGGCGGUCGUCGCGGCCGCUGUGCGGAGGGCGUGGGACGCGUUCGGGCGGAUCGAUGGAUUGGUCAAUAACGCCGGAAUUCGAGGAGGUGUGCAUGCAUCGGUCGAUUGGCCAAAGGAAGAAUGGGACGAAGUCAUCAGAACCAAUCUGACCGGUACAUGGUUAGUUUCUAAACACGUAUGCAGGUUGAUGCGCGACGCCAAGGUGAAAGGAUCCGUCAUCAACGUUUCAUCCAUCAACGGUCUCCUAAUUGGCUCUCGUGUUCCAGGAGCGACCGCUUAUGAUGCUUCCAAAACAGCUGUUCAUGCACUCACUCAGACGAUGGCAUUGGAUGUGGGCGGUUACAAUAUUCGGGUGAACGCGAUCGCGCCUGGACUGUUCAAAUCGGAGAUGACAGCUUCCCUAGUGUCGAAGCCAUGGCUGAGCGGAGUGGUAGAGAAAAUAGUCCCAUUGAGAACGUACGGCAUGAGCAUGACAGAUCCAACAAUAACAAUGCUCGUGCAGUACCUGCUUCAGGAUUCGUCCGACUACAUCUCGGGCAAUGUUUUCAUCGUCGAUGGGGGUACCACUCUCCCAGGGGUCCCAAUCUUCUCCUCCCUCUGAUCGGUUUUAUAUAUACAGAUAUGGGUCGGUUUCAAUAAGCUAGCACGGUUCUAGGUCAAACUCGAUCUGUACUUUAUCUGUAUUUUGCAACACUGCUACAAUAAAUAUAUAUAUAUAUAUAUAUAUAUAUAUAUAAAAGAGGGCAGAGCCAGAAAUCAAUCUUAUUGUUAAAAGAAGUAGAGGAUGAGGGUAAAGAAUAUAAGAGUUUUAAUAUUUGUUUUCAGGAUAAUAUAAUAUAUAAUAUUUAAGAUGUAUCCGGUCAAUUGACCAAAUAACAAAUAACAAAAUUAUUCUAAUAA